CUAGAAUUUAAUCAAUAAAAUAGUUAGAAUUAGUUAGUUAAUUAGUUAUAAAUGGGUGAUCUAAAAGGUAAAUACUCAGAUAUAAAGAACCACUUUAAGAAAUUUAACAAAGCAAACUAAAAUGACUUAUAGGAGUUAGUUAAAUUAACUCAAGAAAGCAAAGUUUAUGAGAUCUCAAAUAAGGCUAAGACCAAAGAUAUUUCAUAAACUUAAUAGUAGUAGCCAUAACCUAAAUAAAUAGUUAAUAGUAUUUAAUCUCAAAAAGAUAUUCCGAAUAAGAUGGCAGCUCUUUUCUAAAAUAAUAAUUAACCUGCAAAUCCUUAACCACCAGGUAAUUAAUAGAUAAUUCCAAAUAAAGUUGAAAGAUUCCAUAGCUCAUAAUCGUCAUACUAAUUAUAAUAAUCAGAUUAAGUUAAAAAGGUUGAAACAUAAUAGUAAAAACUGCCGCAGCCAAAAGUUGAUCAAUAGGAAGAGGAAAAUGUAAAAUAAUAAUAAUAAUAGCAAAAAGAAAAACCUUUAGAAUAACCAAUACCAAUAUCUAAAGACACAAGAGAUAGCCAGUAUGAAAAUAAAAAUAAUAGAAAUAAUAUUUUGAAUAAUUAAAGUAAUUCUUAUAGAUUUGAUAAUAAAAAUAAUGAUAAUAGUAAUACGAAUAACUCAUAACCAACUCCUGCAAUAGUUGAAGAUUAAUCUAAUUUUGUCAAAUAUGAAGGACCUUAAUUCAUUAAGAUUUUACAGUUUAAUGAAAAUAUUAUAUUUAUUGAUGAAAACACUGUAUAUUAAUAAAUUUAUUAAGGUAUUACAGAAGAUAAAAAAACAAUAUUGUUCUCAUAACAAACUUAAGAAUUAAGUAUGGAGAGACUAAAAAAAAUUUAUUAACUUCCUAUUUCUAAUAAAAAAAUUUAUAAAAUAAUAAAUGCUACAGUCCAUGAAUAGAUUCUAUGCUUACAAAUUUAUGAGCAAGAAUUGAAUAGCUAAGAUGAUGAGGAUUCUGGAUAUGGUUUUGUGUUUCUAAAUUUUAUUUAUGAUGAAAACGAACAAAUUUCAAACAUAAAAGCUUAAAUGAUUAAGCAAGUUGACACUAACCCUAUCAAGUGCUUCUAGUUAGACUAAGAAAAAGAAAUAUUUUUUUAUUCAAUUGAAGCAGGUUUUCUUUUUUGUUUCGGUUUUGAUUUAUCAUAUAAAUUUUGCUAUCAAGUUCCUGAGGGGUAACAUAUUACCAAUUUUUUUUACGAUAGCUCUAAUUAAGGACAAGAUAUUAUUGUUUACUCAACAAAUUAGGGAGCAUUGUAUCAGUUAAGAUUCAGACUAAUUCCAGAAUUUUAAGUAAUUUAAGAGGAACAUCUGACAUAAUUAAUUGAUGCUUAAAAAAUAUCGUAUUUAGGUCUUAGUUUUGACAGACAAAGUAUGUUGGUUUUGCACACUAAAAGUGGAAUAAGUGAGGCUACUGUAUAUUUAUAUCCUUCAUUUAAAAAAUAAAGAAACUUUGAGACAAUUAACUCUAAUUAAUAUGUACAGCUUUAUGAUUUUGUUGUAAGCUUUACCUAAACUAAUUUGAACUAUGAAUUUUUUGGCUUGCUCUCAACAAAUCAAAUAGCAAUUUACUGCUAUGAAUUAGAAGAAGAUUCUAAUAAACUUAAAUAAAACUUAGUAUAUACGAAAUAAAUUGGCUUUUCACCUUAAUGCAUGUAUUUUUCUCUUGAUGGUUUUGCUUCAAAGUUGAUUAGAAUAUAUUAUAAUAAUCCAGAUAGAUUAAAAUAAGAAAGCUAAUAAGAAAUUUGUAGAUUGAUAUUAGAUAAAAUAGAUUCACAAUUCAAAUGA